GAGGGCGGCGAAUCAGGCGCCCUGCGGGGGGCUCGUUUGCUUUGCCGAACCCGGAACCGUGCAGGCCCCCUCGGGGCUGUGGGCCGGCUAAACCACCCCUCCGGGAGUCCAGAAGCGCGGUGAAAGGGCGCCACCCUUGGGAGACGGGGGUGGAGGGGAGGGAGGGCCGACUGGGCGGCGGAGCUGCGGCAGCGCCGAGGAGGAGGAGGAGGAGCAGCUGGCAUCGCGGGGGCGGGGCCUCGCAGCGGAGGGCGGGGGAGGGGGAGCGCCAGGCCUCGCCUCGGCGCGGCCCGGGGGUGGGCCGGCUUCUGGGAGGAGCGGCCCGGGAAGCCGCUGCUCCUCCCUCCUCGGCGCAGGCAGCUCGGAUGGUGCAGGCGGGGAGGGAGGCCGAGGCGCGGGGCCCAGCCGCGAGCCCGACGAUGCUGCUGUCGCUGCCCACGCUCACCGUGCUGGUGCCGCUCAUCUCUCUGGGCGGCCUCAUCUACUCGGCCUCGGUGGAGGACGACUUCCCGCACGGCUGCACCAGCACGAGCAGCCUGUGCUUCUACAGCCUGCUGCUGCCCGUCCUGCUGCCGGUCUGCGUCAUCCUCUACCUGUGGACCUGGACGCAGAACUAGCGCGCCGGGCUCCGGGAAUGGGCCCGAGAGCGGGGCUGCCCUUCCCCGGCCAGGUGAGGAUGGGGCGCGGCGGCCCCCCUGGAGAAGCGAGAGCCGCCCGGCAAAGAGCGUGCGGAGGGGCCGGAGCGGGUUGCUCUGGGCAGAACGAAGCCCUUCAGGGUUCAGCCCGCGGGGCUCCCCGGCUCUGAGCAGCCACUGCUGGGGUCGCAGCUCCGCCGCUCCCCGGGAGCGUGCGGGCAGCCUUUCGGCCCUUUUCGGACGGGGCUGUGGCUAAGUUUCUCGUCCUGGGAUUUGGGGAAAUCGAGGCCGAGCAGCCCUGUGCCUCGGGGCUGGGUUGCCGGCUGUCAGGGAGGCACUGCAGGGUGCCAAGGCCCAGCUCCCGGCCUGCGGAGGUUCGUUUGCUCCCUGGCAGAAGUUAGCGACGUCCUUGCCCCCCCCCCCAACCCGGGAGUCUGCCCUGAGGCAGAGGCAAAUGGAGGGAUCCCACUGGAGGGCCUGCUUACUCCGAGGCCACCUUGGAGCCCCAGACCCCGGGCAGACAGAGCUGACACCAAGCGCAUUCGGGCCUCGGGGGCGCAGCGGACUGAGACUGCAGGAGUAAAAUCCCCCACCGGGACUCCUUUCUCAUGGAUUAAGCUGGGGUUUGGGGGAAGCAUCACCUGUGCAUGCGGGCUGGCGGGCGGAGGAUUCAUGUUCUCGAUGUUGUCUAUUGUGAACUGCCUGAUAUUGCUCUGGGCUUGAGGGACAACUUUGCCCUGCCCUGGGCUGGAAGGGCGGAGCGGUCAGGUGCAGCUCUGGGGGGGGUCCUUGGAAAGCUAGUGAAGGCGCUGCUCCACCAUCCCUGGAGUUGCUCCAAAGCAGCAUGAGCUCCGUGUGCUUUCGGUGGGUACGAAUGGCUUGGAAUAUUGAGGGGAUGGCCUGUGUGUGACAGGACCCUUGUAAGAUUAAAAGGAAUGUCCAGUAA